AUGCCUUCACUUUUCGAAUCGGCUGAAAUAGCACCUACCAUAGCGGAUUUCGUGAAAAUACCUCUAUUUCUGCUAAGUCUGAAUGGUGAGAAACUUUUCAAAUGGACACCAGAUGAGCCACCAUCACGAAAACAAAAAAUACUCCUGCGCAAUUUCUGCAUGAUUAUAUUGUUUAAUGUUAUUGCCAUGAUACUGUUUUUCUUCUUCGGCCACUUGGAAAGUGCUUUAGAUUACACUGCGCUCACCAUCUAUUGGGGAUUUGCACUAAAUUCUUUCAUGAAGGGUGGUACAUUGUGGGUCGGACGACAUAAAUUGGAAUUCGUAAUUAAAGGCUUAAUGGCAAGGCAUCCGAAGACGCCAGAGCAACGUCAUGCCUUUCGCUUGGUGCCUUACUAUCAGAAAAUUACUGCCUACAACAAAUAUUUGACAAUCUGGCAUCUCGGUACGACGAGUCUGUUCAAUUUACAUCCGAUCGUCUCAUCGACUGUGGAGUACAUAUGGCGUAAGGAUAAGGAGCAGGAAUUCAAUUAUAGAUUUCCCUUCAUGAUGUGGUAUUAUUACGACGAGAAGAAGCCAAUUUUCUACUUAUUUUCAUAUUUAAUGCAAUGCUGUGGCUCAUAUUGUGUCUCGUUCUUGUUUUUGGGUGCCGAUUUGUUACUAAUAACUCUCGUACACGUUGUCAAUAUGCAUUUUGAGUAUCUGGGCAGAUAUAUUGAGGAAUUUCAGCCAAGCGGCACAGACGAGGAUAUAGAAGUACUGGAACCAUUGGUGACAUAUCACCUCGACAUACUGGG